AUGGUCUGUUCCAGGAAACAAUCUGCAGCUGCUCGGACAUGGGAGGAAAUUCUCAAGGACUACCCAACUGACUUGAUUGCUAUCAAAUUCGCUCACGACACUUAUUUUUACCUUGGAGAUGCAAAAAAUAUUCGCGACUCAAUCAAGGCCGUUCUGCCGAAACAUAAAGGAACUGAGCCAUGCUACAGCUACCUUCACGGAAUGCUGGCAUUUGGACUAGAGGAGUGUGAACAGUACGCUGAAGCAGAAAAAGAAGCAUUGAAGGUAUAA